UGGGUGUUUUUGUUUGUUUGUUUCAGAUCUGGCUGAUCUACCUCUGGUAAAGUUUGACUUUUCCUGCAAUAAAGUUUCUACUAUUCCCGUCUGCUACCGAAAAAUGAGCCGACUGCAGUCCCUACAGCUGGAGAAUAACCCACUGCAGAGCCCCCCGGCUCAGAUUUGUAUAAAGGGGAAAGUUCACAUAUUUAAGUAUCUGAGUUUGGAAGCCUGUCGGGGCGACAAGAUGCCGGAUGCCCUUUAUCUGCCCGUCAUGGAUCGUCUCAGCCUAUCACGGCCCUCCGCUGGCAGUACGGAGGACAUCGAUCAGCAUAAGAAACUUGACAGUGACUCCGGUGUCGGCAGUGACAAUGGAGACAAGCGGCUUUCUGCCACAGAGCCGUCUGAUGAGGACAGUCUGAGUCUGUCGGUGCCAAUGUCCAACAUUAGAGAGGAGGAUGGAUUAAGUAAAGAUGACUCCAGUGAUCAGAUCAGCACAUUAACAGACAGAAGCUCGUCGGACUCUCUGAAGGACCAGUUCACCUGUAGAGAUCCAGCCCUCAGCGCUCGAUUCGUCAGUUAUAUUAAGGGUCGAGGAGUUGAUUUUGACGAGCCGCUGAGGAUAGAGGAGGACAGUAACUGGGCUGCAGAUCAGAUGUCAAAGGUUGAUUUGAUCAGCCCUCUGAAGGAAGCGGUGGAGCUGCUGCAAGACCCUGACAGAGUAAAUAUGAAUUCAGCUGAAUUAUCAGGAAUUAAACUCUACCCUGUGGAGAUGGUCACUGUGGACGAGUCUCUGAAUGGGCGGGACAGUGAUGAUGGACAGGCGACACCGAAGGAGGGUCCGGAUGGAGGCUGGGAGUUCCAGAAGAAGAGGCAGUGUAUUCUGGAGCGAGCCCGGCUGGAGGCUCAGCUCGCCUGUCAGCAGUACGCCCGUCACAUGGCCCACGAGGCGGAGCUAAUGCUUCAGGAGAGGUCUGAUGAUCAUCACACACAUCAUAUACAGAAGAGUGAAGUUCAGACCCCGGUUUCCUCGCCGCCGUUCAGCAGCCCCCCCUUCGGCCUCAAGCCGCGGUCAGCUCCGCCUUCUAUCCCCUGCUCGCCCCCGCUUUGUCUUAGCCCCCUUACACAGGCCACGCCCAUCAUUAGAGACACAUCCAAUAGCCAAGCAGACGGAGGCAUGCCGGCCUGUGUGUUCCUAAGAACCCAUAAGAGUCUGGAGUCGGUGGAUCCUCAGUUCACCAUGAGGAGGAAGAUGGAGCAACUUAGAGAAGAGCUGGAGGUUAUGGAGCAGCUCAGAGAGAGUAUUGAGAGCAGGCUGAAAGUUGCACUUCCUGAUGACCUUGGCUCCUCCCUCAUGGACGGCGUGGUGCUCUGCCAUCUAGCCAAUCACAUUCGACCUCGCUCCGUCGGCAGCAUCCACGUCCCCUCCCCGGCAGUACCGAAGCUCAGUAUGGCUAAAUGUCGGCGGAAUGUGGAGAACUUCCUGGACGCUUGCAGGAAGAUGGGAGUUCCAGAGUCGUCUCUCUGCUCGGCGUAUGAUAUACUGCAGUGUUCUCUGAGGGCGGUCAGGGUCACGGUUGGAGCGCUGGUGGCGCUGGGCGAGAGCGAGGGAGUGAAGGAUGCGGAUGGAGGGAGAAACACAGAGGAGAAACAAAACGAGAGCAAGGGCCUCCCUUCCUCCCAGGCCCCGCCCACUUCCUGGCAAAUGUGGGAUCUGAUUGGCUCGAGCCUGGUUCACCUUUUCUGCCUUUUGCUGCUGUUUGUUGCGUACAGCUGGAGUGAACUCACAUAACACACACACACACACACACACUACACACACACACACACACACUACACACACACACACACACACACACACACUUGUGUGUAGUGUGUGUGUGUGUGUGUGCGUGUGACACACACACUUUACACACACACUGUUACUAUUAGGCCUCCUCUUUAUCUGAAAUCAUUAAUUGGUAAGGACGGUGGUUAGGGCUCCCCCUGCUGUCUGUUAUGACAGCUGUAGUAAAUAAAUGUUCUGUUUAUUUAAUUGGAUUUAGGUGGAUUUAGUUUUAUAUCAGAUUUCUGCAUCAGAACACAAUUCUGGAUUUGUUUGGCUCCAGAGUAUCUACCAGCCCCUGACUGGUGAUAUAAUGUGUUUUGAACAGAACUGAACAGAAAAAUCUUACUGUAAAUUGUAUUGUGAAAUCAGAGGUAUAAAAAGAGUUUAUUCUGCUUUUGUUGGAGUAACUUUACAGUGAGGAUUCGACUGUAUUUAGGAACUAAAGCGUAUGUGAGGUCCGGACUCUCCACAUGAUGCCCAGUUACCAAACUGAUUCUACAUAUAUUUAAGCUCAGUACUGGGGGGCGUUACACCCCCCGGCCCACACCUGGCAUUAGACUUGGAGCCAGUAGGUUUAUGUUGAUCUGCUCUAGAGUCUUAUUGGUCUUUUGAGAGAUUUCUAUGCGGGGGCUAGACAAGCUGUGUGUGUGCAUGUGCACAUCUGUGUCAGCAAUGAGUACAACUUAAAUUAUCUGAUUAAAUUCCUGAGAGGAGAUGUUCACAAACAUUUAAACAUCAAACUUGUCUUAGUGUGUUUAAGUUAGUGAGGGGAAUCAGUCUGUUUGGUUUUUGCUGAAUUUUCACAGAAUCACUAAUCGCACUGCGCUACACUUCCCCUACACACAACACACUUCACACAUUUCAGGUUGCCAGAUAUGUACAUUUAUUCAGUUCUCACACGUGGGCUACGGGAGGAUUAACUGCUGUAUUAGCCACUGCACAACGCGCUAGCAAAAAAACGUAUGGCUAAACAAAGCAUAGCGACUCGUUCCUCAACACAGCGUUUAUUUAGUAGAGAUGAAAUUGUAAAUAGAAUCAGGAUCUUCUGUUUUCCUGCAGCAGGUGGAUUCUGGGACUGUUUAUUUUACUGAAGGGCUAAUCAAAACCACACAGGCCUGUAUAUCGCUGCAGCUUCAGAUUGCGCUUCGUAUUCAGGACCAGAAACACGAGAACUUGCACUUUUUUGGGUGAAAUUGUUGUAAAUAUGAAAUAAGACCAACUUCCAGUGGAAAGACUGCUUUAUUUAUCAUUUGUGUCAUUAUCUGAUCAGUAAAGGUGAAUUUAAGUCUUUUUGAUUUUCGGUGGUUUUUGAUGCUUCUGUUCCCCCUUCGCUCUGCUGCUUCACCCCGGGGUGAUUUUCAGUAAUGUUAUUAAUGGUUAUUAAUGGUUAUGAUGACAGGCUGUUUUCAGUCAGUGUUUUGUUCAGUGCUGGAUUUAUAAUGAAUUAGUUUGAGCACUUUUCUUACUGAUCAUCUCAGUUUAGCUUAAUACCUGCAGGAAAUGUGUAAUUUUAAUGGUGUAGACAGAUUUAAACUGGUAAUAUCUCUUCAUUAAUUUCACUAAAGAGUCUAAACUCUAAGUUUUUUACUGUGUAACUGAAGGAACUGUACGAAAUAAAUCCACUUAAAUAUUAGAAAGAGCCGCAUUAAUGCAGAGUAUCAUCUGAUACAGCUUCACUCUUAAACACUUUAAAGUGUCUGUAAGAGUACCGCUGCUGGUAUUGAGUAUUGUAAUCCUGAGUAUUAACCCAAACUGUACCUUAAAGCUGAUCAGUGUCGAGGAAUGGACUUUUCUAUAAAACAUGCUUGGAUUGUGAAAUUUAAGAUUAAAUAAAAUGAUAAAAUAACAGAUGAUCAGUCUGUAGUCUGAACAGCAUGUUUGCUAGUUUAUUAGCAUGGCGGCUAAUCCUGCUAAAGUUUUUAUUCAGCAGCGUGAUCUAAUGCGCACUUUUACACUGAUGAUCACUAACAUCAAAAAGUCACAAGAAUUCCAAGUUUGGUAAAGAUUUGUAAAGAUUGGUAAAAGCAUUAGUGUAUUAUAUGGGUGUAAUGAGGCAGAAGGCAGUUAUAAGGCAGUAAUGAGGCAGUAAUAAGGCAGUAAUAAGGCAUUUAUAAGGCAGUAAUAAGGCAGUAAUGAGGCAUUUAUAAGGCAGUAAUAAGGCAGUAAUGAGGCAUUAGGGCUGGAUUUCAGUCAGUGAUUUUAUUUCCUGUCUGUGUUUAAGCUGAUCUGAGAUGUUUGGUCGGGAUUUUUUGAUUUGAUCAGAUUAAAUUUAUAACGCUCUGCUGUCUAUAUGAGGCUGUAUAUUAAUGGUAAUAAAUGUACAGUUUUGGGUUUUUC